CUUUGUAUAACGUCAAUGUAUCGCACCAACACUUUCAUCUUUACAUAUGGAUUUGGUAUUUCCCGGCAUGAAGUAUUUUUCCAUUCAAGAAUAAAGAUAGUGGGUAUAAAUAAGGAGGAAAUAAUAAGUUGGACAAGUAGUCUCUUACUAAAAGCCACAAUGAAAGGAUCAUUGUUUUACUUGGUUGCCGUCUUGGCGACUAUUUUCUUCGACACUUCUUCAGCAGAAGUUUGUAAUGAGCGACAAGAUAAACCAAGAUUUUAUACGUGUCAAGGUGUUACGAAUUUAGCACAAUUGGACUCGUUACCGGACUCUGUAGUUGGACUUAGAUUAGAGAAGUCUACCAUCAGCAGAAUACCAGCCGACGCUUUCUCAAGAUUCGCUGCUAGUCUGAUAGAAUUGAGGAUCACCGGAUGUUCCUUGGAAAGUAUAGAAGCCCAUGCAUUCAGAAGGCUCGAUAAACUAGAGACGCUCGACUUGUCGAACAAUCGGAUCCAAGCAAUCGAGGCUUCCUGGGUACGGGGAUUGUUCAACUUGAAGGAAUUGAUCGUUUUGAGAAAUCGAAUUGCUAGAAUUGAACCGGAGUUUUACGAGUUACUACCGAAACUUGAAACACUUGAUGUUGCUUACAACGAAUUAGUCGAGUGUAUAACGAAAGACAAUUUCAAGAAAUUGAAAAAUUUAAAAUUGGUAUUGAUAGCGAGUAAUCCAUGGUCUUAUCGUUGCCGAUCAGACAUGACGUAUGCUUUUAAAACAAAUCACGUUAAUUUUAUCAAAGAUUGGUCAAUUGGUGAUCUUUUGAUAGAAGAGUGUUUAGCUCAUGAACAAGGAGCUGAUUCAGAUGAUGUUAUUUUAAAACACUGCGUUGAUAGAAAAUCAUUUGAAUCUAUCACUCCUAUAUUACCUGAUUUGGAAAAGAAAGUAUUAGAAUUGUCUAACAAGGUCGAAGAAUUGCGUAACGAGGUGAAUAAUAUUAGAAAACGUUCAUAACAAGGAAACUUUUUCUUAUCUUUAUAGACCUUAAAUACUCUUCACUAAUAAAAACCCAGCUAUAUUACAUAAUACUUAUACGAGGUUACAUUAAAAAUUAUCCGCACUAUGCCUGUGGUUAUAUUCUCAAUGUAUCAAGCCACCUAUAUAAAUACAAUUUAAUUAAUAAAUAAUAAAUACAAAUUUUAUAAUUUUUAAAUAUAUAUAAUACUAUUAACUAAAUAUCAUUUCUAUAUACAUGCAUAUUACUUGUAUACUUAAAACGGGACGUAUCCAAUGAAAUAAUAAUAUGAUAAACACUUAAAUACGAUCGCGAAUGCAUAAAAAUAUUAUAAAAAUUUGUUGUUUCGUAAUCAUAAUCGGUGUUUCAAAUACAUAUCUUUCAUUAGUGA